UCUAAUUCUAGUUGUGAUUACUGUUUUUAUUUAAAAGCGAAAUGGUUAUGUUGAAUCAACAACAAAUACAAUGCAACUUGCACCAAGUGACAAAUGCAAAGUAUAAAAAGAGAUAGCACUAAUUAUACAAAUAACUGUUUACUACAUAUAUACAUAAAACACGAGUGUAUGGCACAAAAAAAUAUCGAAAACAUAAACACCAAGUAAAAAUCUAAAGAAAACAUUAAAAAAAAAUUAACUAUGUCAUGAAAUCAUCAACCGCUAAUCAAAAGUAGAAAUGUACUGAAAAUUUCUUAAAAUAAAUAAAAACGUUAAACUAUGAAUUUUAAACGGCUGAACAGCAAACUAAAUGCAUUCAAUCCACAAGAAGUGAGCGCAGCAAUAAGGAUCUGACACAAGUAGCGUUUAAAGCAGAGCAUUCAACUCUUUACUGAAACAUCUCUCAGGCGUUCCCGAGUUUAAUUUUUAUCCUUGGCGUACUUUCAUUGUUUCGCUCACAAAUGUACGACGCUCACAAUCGGUAACAACAACACAACAACUUGAAUGUAGUGUGUAGCUGCUUACCAACACCCACGCAAUCACGCUUGCUUACAUCGUAUUGAAAAACAAAGCACAGAAAAACUCACGCACAUGCGCUUCCAAUCAGAAACAAAACAAAAAACAAAAACAAAAACAAUAGAAACAAAAAAUAGCAAAAGCAAUAUUAAAACAGCUUGAGUGUAUAUUUGGCGUAGAAAAUAUAUUUUGCAUAUUUGCUAUCGCUCUUUAGAUUGAUUGCUCGCUCGUUCGCUCACUCACUCACUCAAUUCAGACUCAGACUCAGAUUCAGAAAACGCUCAAACGCUUAGAAGUAAAAACACAAACAAUCAAAUAUAAUUUUUAAAUGAUAUUUGUGUGCCAGUGUGUGUACGCUCACGAUUACAUAGAUUUUUGUAUUGCUCAUACUGUAAAGUAAUUAUAAAACUUAAAGUACGCACCCAAGCAACCCAACUAGCAAAGACACCAACCAUCACCAUAAAUAAGCACCUUAAUCAAUUUUAUCACUAAUACCACCAACACUUAUUUUGCUUAUAAAGUUCAGUCCUCCACCAGCACCACCACUACAACCAACACUAAAACCACAACCUUCAGCCAAUCUCCAGCUUUUUGUAAUCCUCCAGCAACGCAAAUAAACGCAAAAUUGUCGUCACACCAACGCACUCUAAGUGUCACCGUAAACGUAUUUAUCACCGUUAUCAUAAACGUAAACGUAAAAGUAAAAGUAAAAUUAAAAGUAAAAGUAAUAGUACAAGUAAGGUAGCAGCCACCGCCUUGGUCAUCACCGUCACCGUAAAUUUUGUUGUAUUUGUACACCGUAACUAUAAUUGUAACCCUUCCCGCCCGCCAAAUCCCAUUCCAGCACCACAAUUGCACAUUACUAUAAUAAUAGGCACCCCUACUACCACUAUUACUACCGUAUGGAGCGCGGCGCCAGCGGUAGUAGUCACCAUCAUCAACAUGCUGCCGCCGCCUCCACCGCUGCUGCUGGCCACAGUUACAUGACCCACCACGGCGCCGCCACCGCUGCUGACGUUGAAUAUGAGUACAAUACGUCGGGCAAGUCUUCCUUCGACAAUCCCGCCACCAAGAAAAAGCCACCUAAACUGAAAGCCAUUAAUCGUUCCCUAUCGAUGGCAAUCGACAACUACGCACCGCCGAUCGGUAGCGGCGGCACCGGCUCACCAUCAACGAUGAUUUUGGACGACUCGCUUAUCGUCGAACAGCCGCUUAUACAUCGUUCCGCGUCUCCGCUACCUCUGCGCUCCGCACCGCCGCAGACACUUGCGAUACCCGCGCAUCAAAUACUUGGUGGGGGUGGCAUUGACGGCAAUCGCGCCGUCUCGCCUGCACUCUCGGCACGCCAACAACAUCAUCAGCAACAACACAGCCUACAUACGUUUCAGAAUAUGGCAGCGCAAGCACGUCAGCAGCAACAACAGCAAGCUCAUCAUCAUUCGAGCUCGACGAGCUCGCCCACAUCCCAUGUGGUUAGCCCGUUGCCAGUGCGCGUACCGUUGGCACACCAGCCGGACAUCUACUUGGUCAGCAGCAGUAGUCUGGGCGAAGACGUGGGCGCACUCGGUGGUGGCGUUCGUGGCGGCAGCAGUUCGCCUAUACAGUUCAUCGAUGACUAUAUGCUGCCGCCGUCGUCGCAUCGACAUACGGUCAGCGCUACGCACCCGCUUAAAAAGAAUAUGUUUCGUCGCUCUGAUACUAUUGACGUGCAUCCGGCUUCCACUUUUCAGAUGAAGAAGACCCACUCGUUUCACGCGCAACAAGACUCCGCCGCCACAAUAGAUCAAAUGUUGCUAUCCGCCGCGAGCGCGUCGCAAGGCUCGUCGGCGUCCUCGAGUAGACGCACAAGUUCGGUGCGCGGCAAUUUCCUAAUGCCGGGUCAUCCCGGCAGUGGUGGCAGCAAAGAUCUGAGUCGUUCACCAUCGCCCAGUCGACGAGGUUGUCGUUCACAUCGCUCCUUCAACGAUCCGGGUCGCCGGCCUAGCAUCAAACCGGAGUCAGUAGUCGAAUCGCAAAUACGGCAUCCAUCGCUCAACGACGAACUAAUGGAGUCCCUAGAGGGUCGUUCAGCGGCGACGCUUUUCCCACAGCAGAACCUCUCGCUCGAAAAUGAGCUCUUCGUAGAGUCGCGUUCGCGCAGCAACAGCAGCACAAAAAUGGAGGAUGUUGGCAUGGAAGUGGCUGCAGCUCAGCGAGCUGCUGCUAUAUUACUGGCGCGCAAAAGUUCGAGCUCCUUCGAGGAUGGCAGCGGCGCCUCAGCUAUGACGCACGGCGGCACUCAUCCACCUUCGGCGUCUGGGAGUAGCCUAAAGAAGAGAGGCGAACAUCCGCACACACGUCAACACAGCUCACAGAGUCUCGAAUUGGAUGGACGCCCUUCAACUUCUGCGGCAGCAGCAGCAGCAGCGGCCGCAGCACAUGGUCACCAACCGCACGCGUUACAACUUCAUAGCGCCGCUGCGGCGGCCACAGCCGCCUAUCACUUUAAACGCGGCGCGCAACACGGUCGCUCACUCUACUUAUCGCCAAACAACCUCGAAGAGCUGCAAGUGCAUCAGCGUCCCAGCAUUCUUGCCGCAGCGGCUGCCUUUCAGGGCACCAACGCCAGCGCCAGCGUUAAACAAGCAAAAGCAUUACACAGCGCCAGCAUGCGUUUGCGCACUUAUCGCGAAACACUCAGUGCGACCAAGAAAUCGAAAAGUUUUAUUGGCGAUGGCGCCUAUCCGCCCCCCGCUGUGACAGGCAAUGAGUUCGAACUCACAUCACCCCACCGACGCAAUAGUCGUCCAUUGUCUAGUGCGGUCGGCGGCACUGUGGACGAUAUCAAGCGUAGUCCACGUCCGUUAGCGCUCACGCCGACCUCCGCUGCAGCAGCUACCGCUUUUAUGGAGGAGAAGCGUCCCUCUUUCGAACGUAAACCGUCGCUGACGUACGAACUCAGCGAUGCUGCUUUCGAGCAAGUGCUACGUCCAUUUCAUCACAAAGUGGCCGGGCGAAAGGCUUCGAUGAGUGGCGGUUCACAUAAGGCGCUCAAAAAGAAAUCGCUCAGUGACGAAACAGACGAAGAGGAAGAAGCCGAUCGGAAACGAAAACGAAUCGUUUGCAUUGUGAUGACAGUGUUCCUAUGCUUGGUAUGCGCCAGUGUGCUGGUUGUGAUACUCACACUAACGCACUCCUCCGGCCAGUCAACACAUCAUCACGGACCGAGCAAGAAGAUCUACACAUUUUCACGCGAGACGCCAGUGCAUUAUAACGUUCGCCAAGAAAGUGAGCGCCUACUCAAGGAGACGUUGGAUCGUGCGCGCUCUAUCAAAAACGCAACGGAAGCAGCAUCCCAGCUAGCGCAACAACAAAUUCCAUAACACAACGGCGAUUCGGCGGAGCGUAGCAGAAAAUUAGAUUUUCCGCCACAAUUGUUGCACCACCAACAACUGCCAUUGCAACAAGAUCAAGAACAAGAACAGCUACAUACUCGUAAUAAAGGCACUGUACUGAGCUUCGUGAGUGGCGCGUUUGUACGAUUUUUAGCGCGUUUCGCCGAAAGCAAUGAAAAUUUUGAUAGCAACAAUGAAGGUCACGUUAGUGGAAGAAGUGGCAUGUUUAGUCCAGCAGUGGCAGCAGCAGCAACAACAACACUAACAGCAACAUCUUCAUCCAUGACAACCUUUUCCAAGCAUGCACUUUUGACAUUCAAUGCUGCAGCAACAAAUGGGCCCAUCGGGAAAACGACAGAAUCAAAAGCAAUAAAAAGUCGAUAUUCAGCGGAGUCGGUGGAGAGUGCAGCAGCGCAAGCAAAUAUAAAUAACGGUGUACAAAGGCCACAUUCACACACUGCGCACACCGCUACACAACAAGAGCCAAAGCACCAGACGGCAAUGCCAUCAAAACUGUCAAUUUCAGUAUUGUCCCAAAUUUUGUAGCGUCACACCUCGUUAGGUUACCUAUGUGAACAAAUCGUAGCGCUAUUGGUAUGGCAUACCGACCUCUUUGCUGCCGCAUGCUGCAGAUACUGCAACAAACGUGUCAAACUAAUUUCCCUGCCCUCUUUGUUGCAAACAGCGCAUGCGCAUGCACAGCAUCACCAGCGCUAUAACCAACAUCAUCAGCACCAUCUGCUAGCGUCGUAACAGCCUCGUUCAACAUACUAUUCGUUAUUUGAAGUGCUGCAGUAAAGUGCUGCCGCUGCAACUCUUUUACGCGCGCCCUCCAAGGCAGCAAGGGGAAAUAUUUGCAAGCAAAAAGCGGAAGUUGAUUGAUCAUAGAUUGUAAAGGAAUUUUCUAACACGAAAAAUGGAAAUUGUUGCGCCUCGGCUAAACCCGUUAGUAGCCAACAAAGUGCAUUUAUGCGCAUGCAUGUUUCUGUGUACAUAUGUGUAGGUGCGGGUGUACGGAGACGGAAUUAUUAAAAAUAAACAAAGCGUUCAUCCACUAUUGAUAGGUAUUUAUGUUUACAAAAAGUCGGAUUUCCACAUUUUAAGCGCUAACGGCAACACAACAAAUGUUUUAGGACCAAAUUUUAUAAAAGGACAAUGAAAUUUUAGGCAUUUUGCGGUGGUUGAGUUAUAAAUGAAA